ACGCCUCGGCUGCAGGAGUCUGGUGUUUAAGCUGUCUGCAAAACUUUUAAACCGUCAUUCCAACAUGGGAAAGCUGGUCUGUAUCUCGGUUGUAAUCGCAGCCUUAUCGGCGCUGGUUGGAGAGAGGAUUGUUAACUUCAGGAAAAGGACCCUGGCCACCAGAGAGCUGGUCCAGAAUCACCUCCCCAACUGUGUUGAACUCAAAAACCUGGAAAAUGGCGCAGAAGAUAUAACGAUUUUUGGAAAUGGACUUGCCUUUAUCAGCAGUGGUCUGAGGUAUCCUGGAAUGUCGGCCUCUGAUGCAAAAGGAAAGAUCUUCACCCUUGAUCUGACAGAUUCUCGGAUGAAACCAGUGGAGUUGCGCAUGCCAAGAAACUUUGAUCUGGAGUCAUUCAACCCUCAUGGCAUCAGCGUAUACACUGACCCAAGUGAUGACACAGUAUACCUGUUUGUUGUCAAUCACCCUGAACACAAAAGCCAAGUAGAGCUGUUCAAAUAUGCUGAGGACGACCGCUCCCUGGAGCAUCUGAAAACCAUAAAACAUGAACUUCUUCACAGUGUAAACGAUCUUGUCGCAGUGGGAAUGGAUAGCUUCUAUGCCACCAAUGAUCACUACUUUACCCAUGAAAUCCUUAAAGGUUUGGUGGAGCCUGUUCUAGCUCAGCCUUGGUCUAAUGUUGUGUACUACAGUCCUGAGGAAGUGACAGUGGUCUCUGAGGGGUAUUACUUUGCAAAUGGCAUUAAUAUCUCACCAGACAGAAGGCAUAUAUAUGUGGCUGAUUUAUUUGACCACAAAGUGCAUGUGCUUGAGCUGAAAGAAGACAAUGCGUUAGUCCCUGUGAAGUCUGUGGCUGUGGGUUCACUCUGUGACAACAUUGAAGUGGAACCUGAAACUGGAGACCUGUGGUUGGGCUGUCACCCUAAUGCAUGGAAACUUUUAAUGUAUAACCCAAAGAGCCCAGCUGGAUCAGAGGUCAUCAAAAUCCAGAACAUUCAUUCUGAUGAGCCAGUGGUGACUCAGGUGUACGCUGACGACGGCCAGGUGCUCAUUGGCUCCUCUGUAGCAGCUCCCUAUGGGGGAAAGUUGCUCAUUGGCACUGUGUUCCACAAAGCCCUGUGCUGUGAUUUGAAUUAGGCAGUGACUCCAUAACAUAUGAUUUACCUCUCUGCAAAGCUCUCACUCAGACAAGGCAGUGAUGAGUUGAAUGAAAAUAUACAUGGAUACUGCAGCUCUUAUUUUAGGGGAAAAUGCUUCACCGUGUUGUACCAGACAGGAUCUGAUGAUAAACCCACUAGGAGGAGCUGGAGAAAGACAGAUGCACUGUGUUUACCUGAUUUUACAGCAAUGAGUCCUGGGUACAAAAGCAUAUUUGAAAGUGGUCUCAGACACAGAAGUUACUGAACUGCCCAGAUACUUGAACCACUGUGAAAUAAGCACUAGGAUAAAUUUAUUUUCAGUCAAGCAUAUAAAAUUCAUAUGUAUAUUUGCUUUGCUGCGUAUCAUGAAAGUAAUAUUUUUCACUGGUCACCUGGAAAUUUGAGAUCUGAACAGAUGCAUUGUAUGUAACCAAAUGUGUUUACUUGUUUUAAUUGCUUAUCACAUCGCUACCAUGCAUGUGAGUGUAAAUAAAGCAAUAAAGGAGUGUCAUGCUACAACUGUA